AUGAUUUUAGUGUGGGAAAACAAAGUCAAAAACGCAGAUGACAAGCAGGGCCAGGGGCGAUUUUGUCAAUUAGGACUUUCCAAGUCCACCGGCAGACCACAGAAACGCAGCUGUAGGGCGAGUUCAUCCUUCUUUCAGUAUAGGAGACUCAACAAUAGAGAUGUGAUAUUGAUUUAUAUUGACAAAAAUGCAGCUAAAAUAGUCGACUUCGGUUAUCUAUCGGUUUGCCAUCGUCACUGGAGCCACCACCGGCCACCCUCCCAGCUUGCUCCGAUUCCCUGCACUACAAGGGUAUUGAGAUUUGUUAAAUCUAGCAAGAUGACAGAGCCGAUAUAUCCGGAGGAUGCCAUUCCUUGGGUUGGAUUGUAUGUUUGCUUAGCUUCUCUAAUUUCCACUCUUGCAAUGGCAGCCGAUGCUUUCCAAGGCUUUCGAAAACGGAAACUCUGGUUUCCGUGCAGAUUUUUCACAAUCAAUGCGGCUUCCCUCACACUGAUAGCAAUCGCAAUGAAGCUACCAGUCGACCUAAACACCGACAUGUCUCCGAGUAAGGCUAUUAGCAUUGCUUUCUUGGUCGCCAUGGUAGGGAACUUUCUCCCUUCUUUAGGGCUUAUGGAUGGAAAGGAUCUUCUACUGAAUAUGAUAGCGUUUGGCAUCCUAAUGAUCACCAUCACUGUAAAUGUUUGGCUCCAGUAUAGUACCAUAGAUGAUUUGCGCCAGUAUGGUAUUUUACGUUUCAUGCAGGAGCACAUAAUCAGGCUACAAAUGUUUAUGCUGAUAUGUUCCCUUCCAUGGCCAUUUUCAGUAGCUUUGACAAUUCCAGUAUCUAGAAAAAUCUUACAACACCGCUACAAGGAGUUGCACAGAUUGACUUCAAAUCAUCAAGAGAUUAACUUCUCCUACAAGGAACUUAAACAUAAGGUUAAAAAGUAUUGGAUGAUGGCAGAGACCGGUGACCCUCAAUUCGCAGUUGCUUGUUCACCAAUUUCUUCUGCUUUUGGGGUUAUAUGCUUAUCCCUUGCUUUCAGUUCGGUUUAUUUUUUCUUGGAUAGUGGAUCGUAUCGCUCUAACUAUGUUUUCAAUUCCCGGUUGGAUUCUUAUGAGAAAUCAGAAUAUAAGUGGUCGAUGAAAUUAAUUGUUAUCAUGCAAACAGUUGGGACAAUAGUAGGUAGUAUCGCACCUAUUUUAAGAUGUUUGACUUCCAUCAGUCAUUUCGACUUAUCCAAAAAAUGGACCAAGAACCAUCUAAACUUGUUCAAAGUCGAGAAAUAUUGGACCCAAACACUCCAGCUUUGGAAACACAACCAUGUGGGUUCAGGUAUCCCAAGCCGCCAUUGCAAGAAGCUUCUCCAUCAAAUCAAAAACAUGAUUUUGAACUUUUGUAUAGCGCUUCAGAUAUUGGUUGUGGUGAUAUGUAAAACAAUAUGUCUCAUUCCCAGAUCUUUUCUGAUCCUAUUCUUUUGUUGUUGCUAUUUCUGCAAGUCAUUGAUGAAAAGGUUUAAACAAGAACCAAAUGCAUCUGAUAGCAUUGUGAUACCAGAUAUGGAAGAGUAUAUUGGUUAUGUCCUACAAACUGAAGCGGAGGCCAAGCUUUCAAAGAACAUGUUAAGAAAUUCCUUCAACUCUAUCACUCGAAUUCUUCACGAGUCUGAAGAGAAAGAGCCAAGGUAUCUUAUGAAGCUUCUCAAGAAAUCUACAGGAUUCAAUGGAGUAUUAGAGUUCGACAAUGACGAAGUCCCACCUGUACAUCCAGAAGAAAUCCAGAACUGCUGGAGCCUUGUAGCAGUAACAUUAACAGCCAUUGCCCUUUCCCUUCCCAACAUUGCAAACGACCAAGUCAAUGAGUUACUUUCCAGUGUGAGUGAAGGCCUCCAAUUUGUAAGACAUAUAGAAGAAAGCCUCAACACAAAUGGUGAGUUGGUAAAGGCAAGAAAAGCAGCUAGUCAUGUGUGGACCGAUGUUGAAGUAUAUUACAGGUGGCUACAAAUUGAUCUUCAAGCUCGUAAUGGAGAAACAUCAGAAGAAAUUCUUGAAUGGCUUGGUGAUGAAGCAGUACAGAUUGUGAUACAGUUCAAGAGAAGCAAAUACGGAGGUAUGGAUCAUUCAGUUCUUAAUGCAAUUUCUGCGAGUUCCACGUACAGGAUCAGCCAAACCAUACUGCUCCACUGCAAGAAGCAAGAAAAUUGGCCAACAGAUGAGGAACUUUUUGAAUUUAUAUCAACCAUAAUUGCAGAUCUGCUAUGUGCUUGCUUUACCAACUUACCACGUGUCAUAACUAUGAAGUGCCAUGAACAUGCAAUAGAGGAAAGGGAAAAUAGCAUCCGAACAGCAGCGCAGCUUCUUGGUAGAUCCAAAAAGAUCCUGAAAAUUCUCAAAGCACGCCAGCUUCCCAACUUAGACAUGGACUCGAUAGGGUACAUUGAUAAGUGGCAUGCAUUACCAAAAAGUCAGAUACCCAAUUGUUGUUUUUCUUCUGCCAGGAGUCAACUAGCUUCUUCAAGUUCUAGUGAAUCAAUCGAGAUAACUGUUGUGUAA